AUGGAAUAUCUAAAAACCUGUUGGAAUCUCUUUUUCGUACUUUUGUUCUUGUUCAUUAAGUUCUCCGUUGAACAAGGAUUUACCCCGUUAGUAUUCCGUGGUUUUGGGGCUCCCCCGCCUCUGUUUCCAGGAUUUGGACCCCCUCCACCAGGUGUACGUACUCUCUUACCAGGCCCUCCCGGGUUUCCCGCCAUUCCUGGACCACCACCACUACCUAUCAUUUCUCCCCCUGUGACAACUUUAUCUGACGCAGGAACUGGAAGUAUUGCCUUGAGUGGUGAAACAGUGCCAACCACUUUUGAUUUAAGCGGAUUCUCAAAUUCACUUCAAACAUUACCUGCUACGACUGACACAGCUAGUAUCGUGGGGCAGUCAGGUUUCGAUGGAGGAUUAAUUACUUUGAGUGAUCCGGGCAACACUUUAGAGGGUCAAAAUUUAAUUACAACAUUGACUGGCCAGGAUGCAUUACUAGGAGGCACCACAACUUCGAUAGCAAAUGGCCUAGCAACAGGUUUAAUAACCUCCGAUGCAGGAGUACCGGAAGGUGUGAAUCCUGCGUCUGCUGCAGAGUCAUCGUUUGUUUCACGCUUUAGUAACAGCAACUCUAAUGAUGGUACAUCGUCACAAAUGAUUGUAAAUGGACAACUUAAUUCGUUUGAUUCUGUAUCAAGUGUAAAUCCACAAAAUUUUGAUGCCAGUGCGAUUUUAAAUACAGUCUUUGGAAAUUCGAACACAGAUCCAAGCUCCAGUCGGACCACAACGGUAACAGACAAUUCACCGAAUCGAAUCGUGCUUACCAGCGGUGUCUCCAAUAAUGCCAUUCCCAAUAACAUUAUUCAACGUCAGCCAGUGUCUGUCGAAAACACCGGAGAAAGGAUUCCUUCUCUGAGUGAACUUCAACAAAUGUUUACACCAACCCAGUUCUCUAAUACGGCACAAGACAAUGCUAUUGGAACUGGUGGGUCUCCAGCUGUUGGCAUUCCUGCUACUGGUUCUAGGACUGGAAAUGAUGAAACGAGGAUAGUAAGAGUAAACACAGCAACAACUAUUAAUCAAAUUGAUGGCACCAGAAAAAUUACAUCACCCUCAGAUGAACUAGAUUUGGACUUUAGGAACUACAUUAGAGCUAAUGGAGGGCAGGUAGAUCCAAAUGAUAUUCUGUCUAGAUUUCCUGGACCAAGUGGCAUAAGUACAGUAUCGAGGACAUCAAAUGAAAGAAUGAUGAUCCCUUCUAAUUCAAUUUUUAGUCGAAAUUCCAACGAUCCAAAUACAAGGUCUCGUACUACCAUUACAGAAAUUCAAACUAGAUCAAACAGGGGUAUCGAUCCUUUGAAUCAGCAAUUCAUGCCUUCAGUGUUUGCAGACCCAGCCAGAAAUCAGGCCGCCACAGCAAUUGCACAAAAUGGAAAUAGUAUUGACAACAGUCAAAUAAGUCGCCCAUCAACCUCGGUGUCCGAGGUUAAAAACAAGUCCAACAUAGUUAUAAAUGGAAAUAGCAAUAUAGUAGGCUCUAAGGUAGAUAUGAAUAACAUCAUCCGAACUUCUGUUGACGUGCAGCCUCAGUCUGUUAAUCUCCAACGCUCGGAUUUUGAAAAUACUCUCUCUACAGUAGGAUCAACAGUAGCUCCAGUUAACCCAUUAAACGAUAGAUUUGAUGUAAGAAUGGAUCCUGUGUCAAACAUUACCAGAAGACAACCAAGCACCAAUUCCCAAAGAGGAAGUAAAAUUAUGUUUGUGGACGGUAACAAUAAUGAUGAUGAAACAACUUUCCAAGAAGCCUCUUCAGCGACGGGCACCAAUAAUCAACCAGGAGCUAAUUUUAACACAAACCUCCCAACAGCCAGAAAUCAACCUGGAGUAAAUUCCAAUAUCAAUUUCCCAAACAACUUGCCAGAGGUUGGAAGUAAUAACAAUUUACCAAUGGUCUCCUUUGAUCCUUCCAGACGCGGUAAUUCUAUGGUGAGCUCGCAGCAAAACCCAGGCAUCCAAAGUUUCCAAGGCACCAACAGAGAGCUUAAUGGAAAUGUUGCAGUAAAUGAUCCAGGCACAAUCAACAGAGAACUUAAUGGAAAUGUCGCAGUUAAUGAUCCAGGCACAACCAACAGAAGUUUUAAUGGAAAUGCUGCAGUAAAUGAUCCUGGCACAACUAACAGAGAGCUUAAUAGUAAUGUUGCAUUUAACGACCCACGCACAACCAACAGAGGGCUAAACGGUAAUGUUGCAUUUAACGACCCACGCACAACCAACAGAGGGCUAAACGGUAAUGUUGCAUUUAACGACCCACGCACAACCAACAGAGGGCUAAACGGUAAUGUUGCAUUUAACGACCCACGCACAACCAACAGAGAGCUUAAUGCAAAUGUUGCAUUUAACGAUCCAGGCACAACCAACAGAGGGCUAAAUGGAAAUGUUGCAUUUAACGAUCCAGGCACAAUCAACAGAGGGCUAAAUGGAAAUGCUGCAUUUAACGAUCCAGGCACAACCAACAGAGGGCUAAAUGGAAAUGCUGCAUUUAACGAUCCAGGCACAACCAACAGAGGGCUAAAUGCAAAUGUUGCAUUUAACGAUCCAGGCACAACCAACAGAGGGCUAAAUGCAAAUGUUGCAUUUAACGAUCCAGGCACAAUCAAUAGAGGGCUAAAUGCAAAUGUUGCAUUUAACGAUCCAGGCACAAUCAAUAGAGGGCUUAAUACAAAUGUUGCAUUUAACGAUCCAGGCACAACCAACAGAGAGCUUAAUGGAAAUGUUGCAAUUAAUGAUCCAGGUAGAACUAAUUUAAGAGACCCGAACAGAAUUCGAACAACGGCACAAGUCACAGGAUUUUCGCGCCAACCCACUACCUCACAAAUAUUCCCAACCAACAACGAGGCAGCAGUACGUGGAAAUACAGUUAAUUUAGAUCCAAUUAGAACGGGUAUGACAGAUCCGAGUAACGGUAUAUCAUCGCAGACACAGACAAAUUUGGAAAGAUCUAGAACAGAAAAUAAUGCACCUUUACCUGGCAGUUCAAGUACUAGAAGAUUCAUAAAAAAGACAACAACUAUCAGGAGAAUUAUCUCCAAUCCUAAUGAAAGCGACACAAAUAAUAGGUCACAAAUUAACAAUACCCGUAUACCAGAUGCUUCUAGCUUCCGCGUUUUCGCCAAUUUAAACAAUAGAAUGAAUGGAAUGAACACCAAUUUAAAUGCAAAUGUGGAUCCUUUGACUGGAGAUGGAGUUGCAGGGAAUAGAGAUAGUUUUGUUUCCUUUCCAAACUCUGCAGAUUCCACAAGAGUACCACAAAUCAUGGGUGUUCAAAACUCUAGAUCUUUUUCAAGUGUUCUUCCUGGAAAUAUGGGAACAUCCAACUCAUUUGUUAGACCUACAGGUUCCGCUAAUGUUAACCGUCAGUUCAUGGGGACAGGAUUUGAUCCCGAAUCCAACACACAAACAUGGGGAACUGUGUUUGGAACUAUUCAAAGUCAAAAUAUGCCCUCUACAGGCAGUUUGUCCUCAAACAGUAAUGGUGUUGUGGAUCCUAGUUCAGCAGAAAGAAGAUUUUCCUCAAAUGCUUUCACAGGAAAUAAUGGUAACUCAAACACGUUUGAAAGAGGAGUGGGCUCUACUGACAAUGUUAAUAACCAGUCCACAGUGACAAGAUUUGAUCCGGUUUCCAGCUUACAAGCUGAAAAUGCUUCAAGACCUUCCCAAAGCCAAAUGUCUCGCUCUAGUAACAUUUUCAACCCUAACUCUAACGCUGUCGUCAAUCCUGGGUCAAUAGAAAGACGAUUUUCCUCAAAUUUUCCUCUUGGAAAUAAUAGACCCUUUAACAGCCAGUCAUCGAUGGCAGGAUUUGAUCCUGCCUCCAGUUCACAAACUGUAGGGUCAAUAGAAAGACGAUUUUCCUCAAAUUCUCCUCUUGGAAAUAAUGGACCCUUAACUAGUCGGUCGUCGGUAACAGGAUUAGAUCCUACAUCAAAUUCUCAAACUGGAGGGUCAAUAGAAAGACGAUUUUUCUCAAAUUUUCCCCUUCGGAAUAAUGGAGCCUUUGAUAGUCAGUCGCCGAUAACAGGAUUUGAUCCUGACUCUAACCCACAAACUGGAGGGGAAAUGGUUAGAACUAUGCAAGGUCCAAAUAAUCCUUCUAGAAGUAGUUUUAACAAUGGACUUCCGCGAAAUUCACAACAGAAUACUAGAGUGGGCGGGUUUGUGAGUAUGAAUGCAGGAACAUCAUCCAGAACAUCAGCUGACCCACAGAGCUCUGCUUUCGGAACAUUCGGCGACGCAGCAUCCAGAGGUUCUGGGUUCCAAACAAGAGUAGCGUCUACCAAUAAUGUCGGGAUAAGACCACCCUCAACUGGUUCUCUGACCAGAAACAGUGCUGUUUCAAGAAGUGUCGAUCCAAAUGGCAACACAAUAAUUGAAACUUCAAGGCAGAAUGUUGUCUUAUCCUCCGAACCUCAAAACAACAGAAAUGAAACUGGGAAUUUCAUGGUCCAAGGAACGACACUACCUCCAGUAGUUGUAGCAAACGACACUCAGUCUUGUAAAACGAGUGAUGACUGUCAAACUGGAAAUCAGUGUACAUACAACAGGAAUUUCCUAUGUCCUGAUUGGGUAGAUUCAGUCACAUGCCAAUGUCAACCAGGAUGCGAUGCAUUCAAUCAGUUUAUACCUCUGGGGACCAAGAUAUCAAUUGACAAUUGUGGAAAUGAAUGUGUUUGUAUCAGAAAUGAUGGAAUCAUAAGUCCCCGUGCUGAGAUUAUAACGUCACCAAGACCAGAGGUGAUCCAUCUUCCUGGAGGAAGACAAGUUAUCAGAGGAAGUCCAGUACCAGUGCUCAUGAACACAAGUUCAUCUCAACAUUAUUCAUCUCCCAGAAAAUCUCAGCUCCAUCAGCAGCAGGUCUCAAUCCCUAGAGUGGAUCUUCACAGCCCAGAUUAUCUCCAGGAUUCACAACACUACAACAGCUCAUACCACCAGAGCAAGAAAGACAACUCUGGUGAAGAGAGUGGAGAGUCACCAGCAGAUGAUGAAAGUACACAAAACAAUCCAAGCUCUAACAGUGAGAUUCUGUUUGAAUCCAAUGCUGGGGACUCAAGACUGUCAAGUUCUGUCUUCGCUAAUCAAUCAAGUGAAGUAAAAGAGGGAGACAACUUAGUCAAUUCAAGGGAACUAAGUCAACUUCACCAGAAAGAACAAGAGGUAGCUGAUUGUCAGGACAUUUCUAAUAGAAGUAAAAAACUUAUCAUUUCCCCAAACGGAAGAAAAAGUACCAAAAAUAAUAACAGUUCACAAGUUCAGGACAAAUCAGAGCCAAGUAAUCAAAAGAGACUUGUGUCAGUUAGGAGACAAAAUGUAACAAGAACAGACACUUCAUGUGUACAGAGCAGUGAAGUAGUGGCAGGAAAGAGUCCAUCUCCAAGAAAGAGAAGGGCACAGGACAGAAGUAAUGAGAGAAAUGAAGUCCAGGGUUCAGUACAGAAACAGUUAACCUUGAAUCCAGUUAAGAAAAAGAAACAGGAUACAGAAGAAAUAUCAGAGACAUUAGGACAGUCGGCCAUUCAGUAUACAGUGGAAACUCCGUUGGUACAAUCCAAAGCGAAGCUUGUAAAGCCAAGAGUUAUCAUAACAGAUGUCUCCGACAAAAAGAAGAAAAAGGAGAAAAUCAGAGACAAAAGCACAGAACUGGUCAUGCAUAUGUGGACAGGCAGAGAUGGUGUUCGUCGGAAGAAAGAUAUAACAGACCUUGAUGUCAUCAUGCACUGUGUUACAGAAACAUUAAACAAGUGCAAAGAACAGUUUACAGAGAAACCACAGCAAAGGGCUCUGAACAAAUUCAGUUCUCAAAUAAAUGCUGAUCUUGCAUCUCAGAUUGAGAGAAAGCAAAGUACAAAAAAAAUAAAUUCAGAUGUGAAAAAGAGCAGAAAGAAUAUGCAAGCAUUAAUAAAAGUUUUCAAUCAAAAAAGACAAGAUUAG